AUGUACAGUCUUAGAGGUUGCGGUGGCAACCACUUCGGCAUGUUUGCAGGCACCAGAUCCGAUUUCAUCAUCACGCAGCAUCCCGAGUUCAACCUGGGUCGGGUUGCCAGUGAACAAGGACUCGGAAGCCAAUGGGACACGACUCGAUGUGCAGCCCGCGUCAACAGGAGCUUCGUCCUGCAGCACCUCCAUGAGAGUCGCCUCCACGACUCCCAUCGCCUGUGCGGGCCGCGACAGCACGGCCUCACAUUGAAGGAUCGGGCCUUGAGUCGUGCCGCAACGUUGCCGAAUCUUCAGAUGGCUGCGGAACUGGAGGCUUCUGAAGACAAUCUUGGCAAGUCCAUGAAGGCCUUAGCCUUGCGAAAGAAACGUGGACAUGUGCCACAGGCUCGUCCUGGGCACAAGGCUUUCCGCUACCCCCAAGGACUUGGCCAGUACAACUAUACCGUGCCGGCGCAAGCGUUGCCAAUCCUGCAGAAGUUCCAGCGACCCAUAGUAAAUCCGCCCAUGUUGUCGGCAGUGCCUUGA